UUACCUAACUCCAGGUCGCCGUCGCCCGCUAGCUAGUGGACGCCGCGCACGGCCGGCCGACCUCAUCAGCAACUACUACGACUACUUCUGCAUCAGAGCUCCGCUUAUAAAUUUAGUAGCAAUCGACGUCUUCCCAUCCAACAAAUUGCCUAACACUAACAAGCAACGAUGACCGUCGUCGUCGUUGCCGAUGACGCCGCCGCCGCCGCAGCGGCGGCGCAGCAGCAGGAGGAGCUGCCGCCGGGGCACGGCCAAACGGUGUGUGUCACCGGCGCCGCCGGGUACAUCGCGUCGUGGCUCGUCAAGCUGCUGCUGGAGAGGGGCUACACCGUGAAGGGCACAGUGAGAAACCCAGAUGACCCGAAGAACGCCCACCUGAAGGCGCUGGACGGCGCCGACGAGAGGCUGGUCCUCUGCAAGGCCGACCUCCUCGACUACGACUCCAUCCGCGCCGCCGUCGACGGCUGCCACGGCGUGUUCCACACCGCCUCCCCCGUCACCGAUGACCCUAUGGUGGAGCCGGCGGUGCGGGGGACGGAGUACGUGAUAAAGGCGGCGGCGGAGGCCGGCACGGUGCGCCGGGUGGUGUUCACGUCGUCCAUCGGCGCCGUCACCAUGGACCCCAACCGCGGCCCCGACGUGGUCGUCGACGAGUCCUGCUGGAGCGACCUCGAGUUCUGCAAGAAAACCAAGAACUGGUACUGCUACGGUAAGGCGGUGGCAGAGCAGGAGGCGUGCAAGGCGGCCGAAGAGCGCGGCGUCGACCUCGUCGUCGUCAGCCCCGUGCUGGUGGUCGGCCCGCUGCUGCAGCCGACGGUGAACGCCAGCGCCGUGCACAUCCUCAAGUACCUCGACGGCUCGGCCAAGAAGUACGCCAAUGCCGUGCAGGCGUACGUGGACGUGCGCGACGUCGCGGCUGCGCACGUCCGCGUCUUCGAGGCGCCGGAGGCCUCCGGCCGGCACCUCUGCGCCGAGCGCGUCCUGCACCGUGAGGACGUCGUCCACAUCCUCGGCAAGCUCUUCCCCGAGUAUCCUGUGCCCACAAGGUGCUCUGACGAGGUGAACCCACGGAAGCAGCCGUACAAGAUGUCCAACAAGAAGCUGCAGGAUCUUGGCCUCCACUUCAUACCUGUGAGCGACUCGCUCUACGAGACGGUGAAGAGCCUCCAGGAGAAGGGGCACCUUCCAGUUCUGAGCAAAGAGAUCCCAGAAGAGUUGAAUGGUGUGCCAGCAUGAUACUGUUGAAGAAACAGAGCAUUUAACGUUCUCCUGUAACAGUGUUAGGCAUCUGUUGUUAUGUAUGUAAACUAAGUGGAUAACGAAAAAACAUGGAGACUAUCAUUGAAUAUAAACAGACGUGAAUUCUGCCCCUUCAGAAAUUAUAUAUUUAUGUGAUUUCACGAGUAA